AUGGGGGUUAUGUCCAGGCGGGUUAUCCCCGCCUGUGGUAGCCUCUGUGUUUUUUGUCCUUCUUUGCGGGCCAGAUCGAGACAGCCGGUCAAACGUUACAAGAAGUUGAUUGCUGAAAUCUUACCACGGAAUCAGGUUGCUGAACUCAAUGAUAGAAAAAUCGGAAAGCUAUGCGAAUAUGCUUCUAGGAAUCCAUUGAGAAUUCCCAAGAUUGCAGAGAACUUGGAGCAAAGAUGUUACAAGGAUUUGCGUAAUGAAAGCUUUGGUUCAGUGAAAGUUAUCUUGUGCAUAUACAGAAAAUUGCUGUCGUCAUGUAAGGAGCAGAUACCACUAUUUGCCAGUAGUUUAUUAGGGAUCAUCCGGACUCUUUUUGAGCAAACUCGAGCAGAUGAAGUGCGGAUCUUAGGUUGCAAUACUCUUGUAGAUUUUAUUAAUUUCCAGACAGAUGGUACAUACAUGUUCAACUUAGAAGGUUUUAUCCCGAAAUUAUGUCAGUUGGCCCAAGAAGUAGGAGAUGAUGACCGAGCUCUGCUUCUACGCUCAGCAGGACUACAAGCUCUAUCUUCUAUGGUAAAGUUCAUGGGUGAGCAAUCACAUCUUUCCAUGGAUUUUGACAAAAUUAUAUCAGCAAUUUUGGAGAAUUGUAUGGAUCUCCAAUCUAAAUCCAACCUCGCCAGGGUAGAGAAACUGAAUUUACAAUCUCAGAACCAGAUGGUUCAGGGAUUUCUUAAAGAAGAAGACUGUAUAUCAUCCACCUUGAAUGUCACAACAGGAUUUGAGAUAGAGUCCAAGUUGGAUACUGCUAAGAAUCCUGCUUAUUGGUCAAUGGUUUGCUUGUACAAUAUAGCUAAAUUGGCAAAGGAAGCUACUACCGUGCGGCGUGUCCUGGAACCUCUUUUUCAUCAUUUUGAUUCAGAGAACCAAUGGUCUUCGGAAAAGGGGGUUGCUUAUUGUGUUUUGAUGUAUUUGCAAUCCCUUUUAGCUGAAUCAGGAAAUAACUCCCAUCUUCUGUUGUCCAUUUUGGUCAAGCACUUGGAUCAUAAGAAUGUUGCCAAGAAACCUAUCCUUCAGAUUGAUAUUAUUAACACCACCACACAGGUUGCACAAAAUGUGAAGCCGCAAGCCUCAGUUGCAAUCAUUGGUGCAAUAUCUGAUCUCAUUAAACAUUUAAGGAAAUGCCUACAAAAUUCAGCUGAAGCAUCCGAUACUGAAAAUGAUGCAUAUAAGUUUAAUACUAAAUUUCAAUCUGCCAUUGAAAUGUGCAUAUUACAACUUUCAAACAAGGUUGGAGAUGCAGGACCCAUUCUUGAUUUGAUGGCCGUGGUGCUAGAGAAUAUUUCUAGUUCUACUAUCAUAGCCAGAACAACAAUCUCUGCUGUCCAUCAGACUGCAAAGUUAAUCACUUCCGUCCCUAACGUGUCGUAUCACAUGAAGGCUUUCCCUGAUGCAUUGUUUCAUCAAUUGCUCCUGACCAUGGCUCAUCCUGACCGUGAAACACAAAUUGGAGCACACAGUAUCUUCUCUAUAGUGCUAAUGCCAUCCGUGUUUACUCCUUGGUUAGACCAAAAAAAUAUUGCUAAGAAGGUAGAGAAUGACAGCCUCUCCAUUCAGCAUGAAAGUUUUUCUGGAGCAAAGCACUUGAAUGGGAAACUGGUAGAAGAAAAGGUAAUAGCAGGUGUGAGCGGGAAGAAUUUUUUUACUCAUGCUCUAACUGAUGGAAAAGACGAUCUAAGAUCUCUUAGGUUGAGCGGUCACCAAGUGAGUCUCUUGCUUUCUUCAAUCUGGGUUCAGGCAACAUCUGCUGAAAAUGGCCCUGCAAAUUAUGAGGCAAUGGCGCACACUUAUAGCAUUGCUUUAUUAUUUACUCGUACUAAGACAUCCAGUUACAUGGCUUUGGUAAGAUGCUUUCAACUGGCAUUUUCCCUCAAGAGCAUAUCUUUGGACCAAGAAGGAGGCUUACCACCAUCUCGCAGGAGGUCCCUUUUAACCUUAUCUUCAUAUAUGCUUAUAUUCUCUGCCAGGGAAGGCAAUUUCCCUGAUCUGAUUCCAAAAGUCAAAGUAUCUCUCACAGAGGCACCAGUAGAUCCAUUUCUUGAACUGGUGGAUGAUACUCUGCUACGGGCUGUUUGUAUAAAAUCAGACAAGAUAAUUUAUGGAUCCGACGAAGAUGAAGUUGCUGCUAUGAAAUCACUAUCAACUGUACAAUUGGAUGACAGGCAGUUGAAAGAGACUGUAAUAUCAUACUUUAUGACUAAAUUUUCGAAAUUGCCAGAGGAUGAGUUGUCCAGCAUAAAAAAUCAACUUCUACAGGGUUUUUCCCCUGAUGAUGCUUAUCCUUCGGGACCUCCAUUGUUUAUGGAGACACCGAGACCAGGUUCUCCACUUGCUCAGAUUGAGUUCCUAGAUUUUGAUGAGGUAAUGGCUCCAGAUGAUUCGAUGGAUGAAGAGACCGGGCCUGAGCUAAGUGGAAGCCAAUCAGAUCGCAGAACAUCACUUUCAACCCACUUCCCUGAUGUUGUAGGUGUUAAUCAACUCUUGGAAUCGGUUUUGGAAACUGCUCGGCAAGUUGCAAGCGUAUCUACUUCCUCAACUCCGUUACCUUAUGAUCAAAUGAAAGACCAGUGUGAGGCUCUUGUAACAGGGAAAAAACAGAAGAUGUCAGCCAUUCAAAGUUUUAAGCAUCAACAAGAGACCAAAGCCAUAGUUCUUUCAAGUGAAAAUGAAGUAGAAGUUUCUCAUCUACCGGCACUAGAAUAUUCAAAAGAUGAUUUGAAAUUGGUGACCCAGGCACAAUUAGCUCAGGAUCAAAUCUGCUUUCUUUCACACGACACUAGACAACAACAUUCUUUGAGACUUCCACCUUCGAGCCCCUAUGAUAAAUUCUUAAAAGCUGCAGGAUGCUAA